AACAUCUAAGAGGAGGUGUCUUCAGUAUCGUGCACGGUGCUCUCUUUCCUAUUCCUCCGUAGGAAGUAAUCUUAAGAACAAAAACGGUCCAUAAGUCCUCUACGAAACUCUCUACGAAUGUCGAAAGGUGGAAACUUUGAUUGAAGAAAGAAAUGAGGCGCUCUGGCGUUGUGAGGUGGGGCUGGAGAGGUAAAGAUGCCAUAUAACGCUGCGUAAUUCGCGGAUGGAGCUCGAUGGGCGGAGCUUCGUCUUCCCACCUUGCAGCUCUUGCGGAGCUUAGGGGGGUACACAUGGUUUUCAAUGGAGAGCAUGCGAGAAGUCUUUUCGAGAAGGGAUUGGGGUUUACAUUAGCGCCACUUUUCUUUCUGAGAGAGCUUUAGAGAUCCAAUGAAAGUGGAUAAACUUUUUUAGGCUUCUCCAGGACACGACAGCAGCAGUCUGGGGUCAGUAGGCAAGCUGCGCAGUUUUCUCUCGCCUCGUUGAGCUCCGCAACUUUGACGAUGCCGGUUUUGGAACGCAAACCAUCAAGAGACCAAGAUGAUGGCCUGCCCAAGUUGCCAGUGCCAGCCUUAAAGCAAACCCUGGACAUGUAUCUGAAGUGUAUGAGACAUCUGGUGACUGAAGAGCAGUUCAACAAGACCAAGGCCAUCACAGAGAAGUUUGCAAGCCCUGGCGGGGUGGGAGAGCUGCUUCAUAAAAAGCUGCUGGAAAGGAAAGAGGUUAAAGCCAACUGGGUAUACGACUUCUGGCUUGAAGAUAUGUAUUUGAAUAACAGAUUAGCACUACCUGUCAACUCUAGCCCUGCUAUGGUCUUCACAAAGCAGAACUUCAGGGCUCAGAGUGACGCGCUCAGAUUUGCAGCUCAUCUAAUUUCAGGGGUGUUAGAAUAUAAGGUACUAAUUGACGGACAUGCCUUACCGGUAGACUAUGCCCGUGGGCAGUUGGCAGGGACUCCCUUGUGCAUGGAGCAGUAUUACAGGCUCUUCACCUCCUACCGUCUACCUGGACUAAAGACAGACACCCUGGUGGCCCAGAAGAGCAGUAUAAUGCCAGAACCAGAACAUAUCAUUGUGGCCUGUAAAAACCAGUUUUUUGUUCUUGACGUGGUUAUUAACUUCCGCCGACUCAAUGAGAGCGACCUGUACACCCAGCUGCAGAAGAUCAGGAAGAUGGCAGACAGUGAAGAGGAGCGUCUGCCUCCUAUUGGACUGCUCACCUCAGAUGGCCGGACAGAGUGGGCAGAGUCUCGCAGUGUCCUUGUUAAAGAUUCUACCAACAGAGAUUCUCUGGAUAUGAUCGAGCGCUGCCUGUGUCUGGUGUGCUUGGAUGAAGCGUGUGGCAUGGAGCUGAACGACACAAAUCGAGCCAUGCUGAUGCUCCACGGAGGAGGAAAGAACAAGAACGGAGCAAACCGCUGGUAUGACAAGCCCAUGCAGUUUGUGGUAGGUGCAGACGGAUGCUGCGGCGUUGUUUGUGAACACUCACCGUUUGAGGGAAUCGUGCUGGUCCAGUGCACUGAAUAUUUACUGAAAUACAUGCGAGGCAGCCCUUCCAAGCUGGUGAGGGCAGCCAGUGUGAGUGAGCUGCCAGCCCCGAGGCGGCUUCGCUGGAAAUGGUCGCCAGAAAUCCAGGCAUGUCUCACCGCCUCGGCAGACAAAUUACAAAGGCUUGUUGACAAUCUUGACAUGAAUGUCCAUAAGUUCACUGGCUACGGAAAAGAGUUCAUCAAAAAGCAGAAAAUGAGUCCUGAUGCGUACAUACAGGUCGCUCUGCAGUUUGCCUUUUACAGAUGUCAUGGAAGAGCAGUGCCGACCUAUGAGAGUGCGUCAAUCCGCCGCUUUCAACAGGGUCGCGUGGACAACAUUCGCUCUUCCACACCUGAAGCUUUGGCCUUUGUGAAAGCCAUGACUGAUAAAAAGUCUAGUCUGACAGAUGCUGAGAAGCUGGAGAAGUUACGGGAUGCUAUUAAGGCACAAACCAAUUAUACAAUCCUGGCUAUCACAGGGAUGGGCAUAGACAAUCACUUACUCGGACUGCGAGAGAUAUGUAAGGAGCUCAACUUGGAGAAGCCAGAGUUUUUCACAGAUGAGACGUACAUCAUCAGCAACCAAUUCAUCCUCUCCACAAGUCAGGUUCCGACAACCGUGGAGAUGUUUUGCUGCUAUGGACCUGUGGUCCCCAAUGGCUAUGGAGCCUGCUACAAUCCCCAGUCGGACCACAUCAUGUUCUGUGUGUCCAGUUUCCAUGACAGCCCCGAGACCUCUUCAGAUAUGUUUGUGAAAGCUCUGGUGGAAUGCCUGGGGGAAAUGCAGGAUCUAUGCCAAAUAUGCAACACUCAAGCCAAACCAUGUAACUCCACAGAGAGGACAGAGGAUGCCUCCAAGGCAGUGAAGAAUAGUGGAAAGACAUAACACACCUGAGAAGCAGCGGACCAUCUGGGGUUUCUAACUUCACUUGAAUUAAUCUUUCGUAUACUGUGGUGCGUAUUGUAUUUAAACUAUUUUGUCCAAGAGUCAGUUCAUGGGUGUAUUCUAUAUAAUAAAAGUGAUGUUAGUCUGAAUAUUAAGGAGAUAUUGAGUUAGGCUACUGUGAAAACAAAAGGGAAAUCUGUGCGUCUAUGAGGAAAUAAAACUAAGAAACAUUGCGGGUCACAUUUUAAACAAAUGCCUUUAAACAUUGAUGCUGCAAGACUGCACUCACUAUAACUCAACUCAUACGCACAAAUCUAUAGUGAAGGGUCAGUUAGGUCACUGUUCCUGAAACACCUGACUAAAAAUCUUGAUUGAUUGAUAAGAAUGUAUGAAAUGUAUCGAAGAAUAAAAAAAAAAUAAACAUUGUUUUUCAAGUUCAGCUUGAAACUUAGGCUAAGUUCACAUUACAAGGCUGAAGUUACUCAAAUCAGAUUUUUUUGCUCAAUUUGGCUUAGAUCUGAUCUUUCCAUGGCUGUGUGAACAUGCUGAAUCCAAUUUUUUCAAACCAGAUUUGAGUCACUUUCAUAUGUGGUCCUAAAUCUGAGUCAUGUAUCUGUAUCCCAUCCAUGAUCAUGCGAUAUGAAUGUGAACAGUCAAAUCGGAAUUCUGCAAAAGCAAGCCGCAUCUGAACAUGUACUUCAGAUACGCUGUUUGCUGUUUCUCCACUCCAGCAAAAGAUGCUCCACAUAUGAGCUGCUAACGCAUCCAUUUCCCUUUAUAAAUCUACAAUUAAUCUCUUAACUAUGACAUUUUUUUUGUUGUUGGUGAAGAAGGCGGCAUUUAUACACGUAUCAAUGUGUGCAUGUGAGGCGUUUCAGGGACAGAUUUGUUCACAUUACACACAGAUACAGAUCACUUACAUUUAUGAAUGUGAACCGUAAAGAUAGUCAAAUCCGAUCUGAGCAAAAAAACCUAUUUGAGCAAUGUGGCUUGUAAUGUAAAUGUAGCCUUAGUUAUCAGAGGUUGCCAUUAGGGCUGGACGAUAUAUUACAAUAUAUUUAUAUCACAAUAAUAAUAAAAAAAGAAUGAUUGUAUAAUAAAUCACAUUAUUUUCAUUUUCUUAUUGUUAUUUUUAGAUUAUGAAAAUUUUUAUCUUGGUUUUGUCUUUGACUCUUUGACUGAUAAAAGCCUCGAUGUUGACUACAGCACUACAUACAACAUUAGUACGAUAUAACAACGUUCAGCAUGUAUUCACACCAUCAGUGAGGAAACUGUGAGUCUUUGGUCUUGUAUGAAUGUCUCAACAGUUCUAUUUCAUUCCUAUGCAACCAACUGCAAACAUAUAUUGUCCAUUAGUUCAAACUGUAGUUCAAAAUAUAAUUUAUUUAAAGUAUAUUCUAAAUCCCAUAUAGAUAUAUAUUAGAUAUAUAUUAGAGACACAGAAAUACUCUAUAUAUAUAUUGAUAGUUUAAAUGCACCAUGUGCAUUCAUACAGAUCAAGUAUUAAAAAAAGUAUCCAAAAGUUUAUUUUAUAUGAAAUAUGUCAGAUUUAUUAUAUAAUUAUAUGAGUCAUGUAUUCCUAUUCAGAGUCCAGAACAGUAUCUGCAAUAAUGUAAAUGUUUGAGUGUUAUGUAUGUAUUACUGUCAUCUCAACUCAACUGUGUGAAAUAUCUAAGUGUAAGCAGUUACAUCACUUUUUAUUUAUAUUGUACAUGUAUUGUUGCUGCUGAUUUUGUGUAUGUAUUAAAUUUAUGUUUUACAUGAUUCAUUUGCUGAUUAUCAAAAACAUCUACUUGUCAUAUGUGCUUCAAGUGUUGAAACUAUUUUAUUUAGGAAACUGAAAUAAGUUAU